AUGGGACUUACGGCUUUGGACUCCAAUAUGAAGAGCGCCAAACACAUCGCUUGUGCUACAGCCCACCAACAGCAGGUUCUUAUAGUGUUUCCUGACUCUGAGAUUGCGGCUAAUUUCACAUGUGGAUACAACAAGACGGUGUACACCACCAAACGUGGUCUGGCUGCGUUCACCACUAAACAGCUGACUGACCAAGUCAGCAAGGCCACCUGCUUUGUUGUCAUGUUUGACGAAAGCCUCAACAAAACAACAAAGACCAACCAGCUAGACCUUCACCUACUCUACUGGGUCGGUGACCAGGCCCAGUCAAGGUAUUUUGGAUCCCAGUUUAUGGGUCAUGCAACAGCGGUGGACUCGCUCAAACAUGUUAAAAGAAGAAGAGAUGGACUGAAACGUCACCGCUGUCAGCACUGUGACAAAUCCUUCACAACAUCUGGAUAUUUAAAGAUUCAUCAGAGAGUUCACACUGGAGAGAAACUGUACAGCUGUGAACAGUGUGGGAAAUCUUUUUCUCGAUCAAAUAACCUAAAAAUCCACCAACGUGUUCACACUGGAGAGAAACCGUACUGGUGUGAACAGUGUGGGAAAACUUUCAGUAGAUCAGGUCACCUAAAAAUCCACCAACGUGUUCACACUAGAGAGAAACCGUAUUGGUGUGAACAGUGUGGGAAAAUGUUAGCUCAAUCAGGUCACCUAAAAAUCCACCAACGUGUUCACACUGGAGAGAAACCGUAUUGGUGUGAACAGUGUGGGAAAAUGUUAGCUCAAUCAGGUCACCUAAAAAUCCACCAACGUGUUCACACUGGAGAGAAACCGUACUGGUGUGAACAGUGUGGAAAAACUUUCACUACAUCAGGUGAACUUAAAAUCCACCAACGUGUUCACACUGGAGAGAAACCGUACUGGUGUGAACAGUGUGGAAAAACUUUCCCUACAUCAGGUAACCUAAAAAUCCACCACCGUGUUCACACUGGAGAGAAACCAUACUAUUGUGAACAGUGUGGGAAAACCUUCAGUAGAUCAGGUCACCUAAAAAUCCAGCAACGUGUUCACAAUGGAGAGAAACCGUACAGCUGUAAACAGUGUGGGAAAACUUUCACUACAUCAGGUAACCUAAAAAUCCACCAACGUGUUCACACUAGAGAGAAACCGUAUUGGUGUGAACAGUGUGGGAAAAUGUUAGCUCAAUCAGGUCACCUAAAAAUCCACCAACGUGUUCACACUGGAGAGAAACUGUACAGCUGUGAACAGUGUGGGAAAACUUUCAGUAGAUUAGAUCACCUAAAAAUCCACCAACGUGUUCACACUGGAGAGAAACUGUACAGCUGUGAACAGUGUGGGAAAACUUUCAUUACAUCAGGUAACCUAAAAAUCCACCAACGUGUUCACACUGGAGAGAAACUGUACAGCUGUGAACAGUGUGGGAAAACUUUCAUUACAUCAGGUAACCUAAAAAUCCACCAACGUGUUCACACUGGAGAGAAACCGUACUGGUGUGAACAGUGUGGGAAAACUUUCACUACAUCAGGUGAACUUAAAAUCCACCAACGUGUUCACACUGGAGAGAAACUGUACAGCUGUGAACAGUGUGGAAAAACUUUCACUACAUCAGGUGACCUAAAAAUCCACCAACGUGUUCACACUGGAGAGAAACCGUACAGCUGUGAACGGUGUGGAAAAACGUUUGCUGAAUCAGGUAACCUAAAAAUCCACCAACGUGUUCACACUGGAGAGAAACUGUACAGCUGUGAACAGUGUGGAAAAACUUUCAGUAAACUUCAAAUUCACCAACGUGUUCACACCGGAGAGAAACCGUACAGCUGUGAACAGUGUGGAAAAACUUUCAGUAGAUCAGGUGAACUUCAAAUCCACCAACGUGUUCACACUGGAGAGAAACCGUACAGCUGUGAACAGUGUGGAAAAACUUUCACUACAUCAGGUAACCUAAAAAAGCACCAACGUGUUCACACUGGAGAGCCAACACUACUAAAUACCCAAACACAUUGGUUAUCGGCUGAAAUAGUCAUUUGAGGCUGUGGAAACUCUUUAAGAAGACCAUGGGAUGUGGUCCAAAGCUCCAACAAAGAGGUAGUAUGUGAGGCUUGAGUUCAGACUCAUUCUCUUUGAUUCUUCAAGAAGCAGACAAGCUGUCAACAUGGCCCCUGCACCAUCUCCUCUGUGGGUUGUUUGUACUUUUUGUAACAGUUAAUGUGUCCUUAUAAUUAAUGUGUUGUAUAAAUAUAUGAAAUACGAAA